AUGUACAACCUCGCUCAGCUCUCCCUACUCGCUCUCCUCGUCGCCCUCCCCGCUCAAACAGCUAGCAUACCGCGGAUAGACACCUGCGCAAACAUCGACCAAGGCAUACUCACCGACGGCCAAGUACAAUACGGCACGCUCACCGGCUGCAUAUGUCAUUCCCUCCUCCCGCAUUUCACCCUCCUCUCCCCAGUCGCCAAGCGCGCAACGCGUUCCCUAGGAUCCCAAGGAACGGAAGCGCUGCUAAAAGGACUUAUUGACGCCUCAGGGGAGAAGUGCAGGGGUGGGAGCUGGUCGAGGGAGAGUGUAGGAGGAGGAUCUCCUUUCCUCCCUUCUACCACCCUCCCACUCCCAACCUACCCGACAUCCGCGCCCUCACCCUACCCAGGAUUCACCUACCCCGCACCGCCAUCAGCGACCUACUUCACCGACUCGCUCUCUUCCCGUCUCGAGCACUACACACCUAGCAGCGCGUUACACAACGCUGCGGUGGAGAAGACGCGCUAUGUCCGCUUUCGCGUCGUCCCCUCCUCUGGGGGGUAUACAGAAGUCGCCGCAGCAGGAGAAGGAGGACGCGUAGCCGUAGGAGGGAAAGACUCGCUCCGCAUCAUCAAGUUUCUCAACCGACCUCCGCUGAGCUCGCCCAGCUCGCCACCACCAGGAGCGGCGUUCUCGGAAAGAGGAUAUAGUAGGAGAGGGAGAAGCAAGGUUUUGGGCCCGGGGGGGAGCAGUGCGGAGGAGGUGAUGAACGUUUGGGCGGGGAGUAAGCUGAGCUUGGUACAUGCGUUGCAGGAUGUUGCGUGGGGACAUCAGAACUACUCCGAAAAACUCCUAACCGCUCACUUGCAAGGCGACUGCCUCCUCUGGGACCUCCAACGUCCAGGGUCAAAAGUCGAGUCCAUACUCCACGAGCACGUCCGUGGACGGGGUGUCAACCGCGUGCUGUUCGCACCGGGGAAUGGGGGCUUCGUCCUUAGUGCUAGUGUGGAUAUGACGUGCAAGCUCUGGGACCUGAGGAAACCACAGACUAGCGUCUCCACUUUCAAAUGUAACGCCGCUGUUUCCGCUAUCUGCUUCUCCCCCGUACUGGGGAGCAGCGAUUUUGUAGCUGGACUCGGGAACGGCGCUUUGCAGAGGUUUGAUUACCGGAUGGGCGACAAAGGCAUGGUAGACUGGAUCUCCUCCGCCCACGCAUCCUCAAUCCAAGACCUUAAAUGGAGGGAGUCUUCCCCCCUCUCCCCUCUCUCCCAAUCCCAACCCCAAUUCCAGGGGGAAGACACCGGUUCCUAUCUCGCCUCGUGCGGGAUGGACAAGCUGGUAAAGAUAUGGGAUAUGGACCCUUCUUCCGGUGGGGGGCUGAGCGGCACUCAGGGGGGGAGGGAGUACGGGUCUUUUGCAGGCGUCGGUGUUGGUGUCGGCGGCAGCUUGGGCACCAAUGCAGCCAGCAGCGUGGGAACGGCGAGCUUUCCCCUCGGAGCAGGAGGCCCAGGGGGAGGGAGUACCUUCUCGACCCUAUCGACCGCUUCCUCCGCCUCAGCCGCCUCAGUAGCCUCCGCAAGCUCCCAAGGCCAACCGCACAACAGGCCUAAACAGGUCCUGCGCACGCCCUGCGUAAACCAUAGGAUCGCCUGGCGCCCCGGGUACGAGACGGAGCUCGUAGUGGUGCCGUAUCGGAAGUAUGGGGUCUCUCCCUGUCUGGCGGGUGUGGAAGGAGAGGGGUACGGGGAUGGGGAUGGGGAUGCGGGGGAUGGGGAUGGGGGAGGAGAGGGGCCGGAGGAAACCAGGAUCUCCGUCUGGGACGUGAGGAGGAACUAUUUGCCCAAGUAUGUGUUGCUGGGCGGAACGGGCGCUGCCAGAGACGUCCUCUUCCUCGACUCGGAACCCGAUGCCGUCAUAGCGACCUACUCGAAUUCCUAUGUCGUGCAACAUGAUCUGCGACAUCAUACGCGGCCUAUUGACGGGCUUUCGAGGUCUGGCCUGAGCUGGGACGGGACUGGAAGACUGGCAUUUGCGGUCGAGGAGAGGGGGGAGGGGGAGGUGCCUUUUGAUGAGCCACCGUAUGAUCCCCACACGCGCAUGCGUAUGCCUGGAGGGAAAGAACACUCGAUCCGAGCCGGUCGGUUCCUCCCCACUUCCCAGCUCUCAGGUGGCCUCCUUCUCCCGAACACAGACACCGACUCCCUCUGCCGUAUCGCGCGGGGCUACCUGCUUACCGGAGAGGAGAAACACGUUUUAUGUCAGAAGAACGCCGCCGUCGCCCAGGAGGGAGGGAACGAACAGGCCGCACAGGGGUGGAUGGUGCUCCAUUCCCUAUUGGUGCCUUUACCGCUUCCUUCUCGCAGUUCUAGCCCGGCUCCGCACUCAACACCAGGGCAGAAGAGCAGCAAGUUUUCCUAUUCUCCCUUGUCGGGAAGCUCGAGGCGCGCUACUUCCAAAGGGCCAAAACGAGCCCGCCGGCCCCUCCGCCCUAGAGGGAGACGCUCUACUCCCUCUGGCCCGGGGACGGGGGACGAACCCCUUCCUCUGACAGGGGAGUCGCACCUCACCCAAGGAGCGCUGGACUCUGACAGCGACAGCGACGGAGACGAAGGCGACGAGAGCGGGCCAGAUGUGUCUGACGCACCUGUCUCUCCUGUCGAGAGGGAGGACAGGAGCGGGAGUGCAAGUGGAAGUGGGAGGCAUACGAGGAAUCAGAAUUCUGAGAGCUCGGUGUCUAGUUCUGGCGCGCCAGUGGUGGGGAAUAACAUGCGCUCGCCCCUUUCUCGCACGCCGGUUACGGCCGAUAUGGUGGGGAUAUUGGCGCUUCGCCGGCUGAGCAAGAUGGAGGAGGAAGAGUAUGAAGAGGUGGACAGUGGGUUGGCGCCGUGGAGGGCGGUCUCUGCUGAAGCACACAUGAACCGUGAUACUGGGAACGAGAUGGAACACGAGCACGAGCAUGAGCAUGACUUGGAGUCUUCUAGCUCUGCAGCGGAAGGAGGGCUCAUGCUCAAACGGGGCAAGCCUGCUCUCAAGCACGUGACGACCCAGUUUGGCCAGUUCCACUCGUCUCACGGGACGAGGCGGAACAGCAUGGAAAGCGAGAGGGAAGCAGGUUUCGUCCGAGGGCAUAAGCGAACCAUCUCUGGUGGGAGUGGGGCGCCAGCGACGGGCCGGACGUCUCGCAGCAGCAAGAAGCUCACUGCCUCUCCUGCGGCUGUGGACCUGGCUCUUGACGGGUCCAGGCAUCGUCAGGGUUGGACAAGGGAGAAGGAGAUCAUCGAUGCUGAGCAACGGAUACGCGACAGGGGGUGGGAGGUGAUGCGCACGAUGUUCGAGGGGAUGAUGCUUGAGGGAGAUGUCCAGACGUGCGCUGUUAUGGCUAUCGUUGCUGGUGAAGAGCUCGUGAAAGAUCAGACUAGGAUUGUUCGUCUUGUUGUGGCUUACUUGGAGGUGUUGUCUCGAUUGCUGCUGUUUACGGCUGCUGCAGAGGUAAGGAAAUAUUUCAAAGCGCCGGAAGUGCAGGAAGAUACCAACUCCAACACGAGGUUUGACUCGAGCUGUGCACGGUGCAGAAAAGCCCUGCGCGGAGAAGCACUCCCACGCGGAACACAAGGCAACCCUGGCAACUACCUCUAUUGCAAGAACUGCCAUCGGAUGGCAUCUCGAUGUGCUAUCUGUCAUCUGCCGUCCAAGGGCUUGUUCUUCCUUUGUCCGACAUGUGGGCAUGGCGGACAUGAAGAGUGUUAUCGGGAUUACUACCUCUUCCAUCCUAUGGACAACGUCCAUAUCGUUCUCCAAUCUUCCCAGAGCCUACAGCAACAGUCGUGGAACAGCCGACAGUCUAUAUCUCUGUCGAUGUCAGAUUCCAAUCUACUGGACGAAGACGAUCGAACCGGACGGACGACAAACCCCAAGCGACUGCGGCGUGCCCCUCCAGGUCGUGUACAUCCUGUAGAAGCGGCGGACGACACCGAUGAUGAGGCGCAGAAGGCAAGAUAUUGGGAUCGGAAACGAAAAAUGACCAGAAAAGUACUCCUCGGACAUCCUUGUGUUGCCGGGUGCGGGCAUUUCCGUAUCUGCAGACAUCAGCAGAAACGCGAAUUGCUGGGGACCCUCUGGUGACCAUGGGGAAUGAAAUCCGAUGACCAACAGAGCGUCUAACAAUGUCAGGUGUGAUCGAUGAUCCGAUCAAAUCCAUCAGAUCAACUUGCUUCUGUGUACAGAAGAAUGGGUAUGCGGAAACAGAGUGUGCCCUCGAAUGAAUCGCAACGGUAACUUCUUCCGCGGCCCUCCCUUACAACAGGCCCUUAUU